AUGCUAUCGAUCCUCCGGAAAGCCAGGCUCAAGGAUAAGGAGAUGAGGAUCUUGAUGCUUGGACUUGACAACGCGGGGAAGACGACAAUUGUCAAGAAGAUUAUGAAUGAAGAUGUCAAUACUGUCAGUCCGACAUUAGGAUUCAUCAUCAAGACAAUCGACUAUGACGGGUACAAGUUAAACAUUUGGGACGUUGGUGGGCAGAAGACGCUGCGAUCCUACUGGAGGAACUACUUUGAGAAAACGGAUGCCCUGAUAUGGGUCGUGGAUGCAACAGAUCGUCUGAGGAUUGACGACUGCAAGGAAGAACUACACGGGCUUUUGCAAGAAGAGCGACUGUCGGGCGCGAGUCUCUUGGUGUUUGCGAACAAGACCGAUGUCCAAGGGUGCAUGACCGAGGACGAGAUUCUACAAGGUCUUCAGUUGAAGGACAUUCGGACUCACCGUUGGCAGAUUUUGCAGUGUAGCGCCAUGACAGGGAGGAACCUCAAGGAGGGGCUCGCGUGGGUGGUUGAAGAUGCGAAAGCAAGGCUGUUUCUCUAUUGA